GGCGGGCGGAGGGAGCCAGCGGAGCCUGAGCCGAGCCUCAGCCUCAGCUAGAGAGCGGGCGGGCGGGCCAGGCGCGGAGCGGCGGCAGACAGAGGCCGGCAGCCAGAGCUCAGCGCCAGCCACUUCGGGCCUCCCAGCAGCCCCGCGGCGGGGCAGCCGCAGGAGCCCUGGCUGUGGCCAGAGGGCAGUGGGCCAUGCCGGGGGCAGUGGACCAUCCCAGCUGGAAGCAGGUGGAGGACAUUAGGGACAUUUACGACUUCCGUGAUGUUCUGGGAACGGGAGCCUUCUCAGAGGUAAUCCUGGCAGAAGACAGGAGAACUCACAAGCUGGUGGCCAUCAAAUGCAUCGCCAAGAAGGCUCUGGAAGGCAAGGAGGGCAGCAUGGAGAACGAGAUUGCUGUCCUGCACAAGAUCAAGCACCCCAACAUUGUAGCCCUGGAUGACAUCUAUGAGAGUGGGGGCCACCUCUACCUCAUCAUGCAGCUGGUAUCCGGUGGAGAGUUGUUUGAUCGCAUUGUGGAGAAGGGCUUCUACACGGAGCGGGAUGCCAGCCGCCUCAUCUUCCAGGUGCUGGAUGCCGUCAAGUAUCUGCACGACCUGGGCAUCGUACACCGAGAUCUCAAGCCAGAGAAUCUGCUGUACUACAGCCUGGAUGAAGACUCCAAGAUCAUGAUCUCUGACUUUGGCCUUUCCAAGAUGGAGGACCCUGGCAGUGUGCUCUCCACAGCCUGUGGGACCCCAGGAUAUGUGGCUCCUGAGGUCCUGGCCCAGAAGCCCUACAGCAAGGCAGUGGAUUGCUGGUCCAUUGGGGUCAUUGCCUACAUUCUGCUCUGCGGUUACCCCCCCUUCUAUGAUGAGAACGAUGCCAAACUCUUUGAACAGAUUUUGAAGGCCGAGUACGAAUUUGACUCUCCUUACUGGGACGACAUCUCUGACUCUGCCAAAGACUUCAUCCGGCACUUAAUGGAGAAGGAUCCAGAAAAGAGAUUCACCUGUGAGCAGGCCUUGCAGCACCCAUGGAUUGCAGGAGAUACGGCUCUAGAUAAGAAUAUUCACCAGUCGGUGAGCGAACAGAUCAAGAAGAACUUUGCCAAGAGCAAGUGGAAGCAAGCCUUCAAUGCCACGGCCGUGGUGCGACAUAUGAGGAAGCUACAACUGGGCACCAGCCAGGAAGGGCAGGGACCGACGGCGAGCCAUGGGGAGCUGCUGACACCAGCAGUUGGGGGACCAGCGUCUGGCUGCUGCUGUCGAGACGGCUGUGUGGAGCCCGGCCCAGAAAUGUCCACUCCUCUGCCCCCCCAGCUCUAGGGCCCCAGAUUCAGGGUCCAGGUCCUUUGUGUGGGAGGGCUUGGGGCAGCCUGCUCCCCUCCCCUCCUUGAAUUGGAGUUACCCGGCCCCACCGCCUCCCCACCCCUUUCCCUAUCACUCCUCCACUGCAUUUUCCAUACAAAUGACUCUAUUUUAUUGUUCUUUCUUGUAAUAAAGGGAAGAGAUAAAAACACAGUA